CUCGAAAUGUUUGGAUUUAGAGGAUACUGCCUUUUUUGAGACUUAGGCGGUGGUCUGGUGAAAUGGUUUCGCCUUAAUAGCAUAAUGGUACGUUCCCAGGCGUACUGUUUCCUUUCUUUUCAUACGCGGAGCCGCCGCCAUGAGUAUGUUAAGGCUUCAGAAGAGGCUUGCCUCGAGUGUCCUGCGUUGUGGCAGGAAGAAAGUGUGGCUUGAUCCAAACGAAACCAAUGAAAUAGCAAACGCCAAUUCUCGUCAGCAGAUCAGAAAACUUAUCAAAGAUGGUCUCAUAAUACGUAAACCCGUGACUGUGCACUCGCGUGCACGCUGCAGGAAGAACACAUUGGCUCGCAGAAAGGGCAGGCACAUGGGCAUAGGUAAGAGAAAGGGUACUGCCAAUGCUCGAAUGCCUGAAAAGCUGGCCUGGAUGAGGAGGAUGCGAAUCCUGAGGCGUCUGCUCCGCAGAUACAGGGAGUCCAAGAAGAUUGACCGUCACAUGUACCACAGUCUGUAUCUUAAAGUGAAAGGUAACGUCUUCAAAAAUAAACGUAUCUUGAUGGAACACAUCCACAAACUAAAGGCAGACAAAGCCCGCAAGAAGCUUCUAGCUGACCAGGCCGAGGCUCGUAGAUCUAAGACCAAGGAAGCCAGAAAGCGACGUGAGGAACGUCUGCAAGCAAAGAAAGAGGAGAUCAUUAAAACUCUUUCCAAGGAGGAAGAAACCAAGAAAUGAACUGUUUAAAUGUUCCUGUAUAUAGUUCAGAGAACGUAAUAAAGUCCUUUAAUAUAAUUAA